ACCGCAACACACAUGCAUAAGCUCGACAAUUAAGGAAAAGAAGAAAGAAAAUGAGGAGAAUUGGGGUAGCGAUGAUCUUCAUGGUCAUGUGCCUUGCCGCCAUGGCGGAUACAGAACAGCGCGGAGAGCAAGCCAAAGGCCAGAAAUGCCGUAAAUGUCAGAGCAACCGUGGGGACUUGGGCACUAUAAGUGCCGAUACUAUAUGGGCGGAAUACGCGUAUUAUAAUGCGACGCAGAUUGAUUAUGACUUGGCUUCCACGAACGCGUUCUGCGCUCAAUGGGAUUCGGACAAACCCUAUUGGUGGCGGAGCAAGUACGGUUGGACUGCCUUCUGUGGCCCUGUCGGCCCUCAAGGUCAAGAGGCUUGCGGCAAGUGCUUAAAGGUGACAAAUACGGAUACGAAGGAUCAAGUAACGGUGAGAAUAGUGGACGAAUGUAGAAUGGGAGGACUGGUUCUUGACUAUGAUGUGUUCAAGGCACUCGACACCGAUGGACAUGGCAUGCCCCGAGGUCAUCUCAUCGUUGACUACGUUUUCGUUGACUGUGGUGACGAUGAUGAUGCCAAAAAUGCCCUUUUCUCCGUCAUCGAUCGUGUCUGAAUCUGAUGAUGGUAUCAUAUAUAUAUACACAUAAUAUAUGUUGACCUGGAGAGGUCAAAUAUGUCUAUGUGUCAAUAAAUGUCAUCCCUCGUUCCGUCGGUCGAGUGGGUUUAUUAUGCUUAUGUGUUGUAUGUUACGAGUUAUGUAAUGUAAAUUUAAAAAAAAAGGAGCAUCUAUGUUACAUAUA